AUGGCAAACUUCAUUGUCAACAAUGGCUGGAAUUUCCCACCUGCUCUCCUCUUUGCUAUUUCAGAGCUAAACUCAAUCCAACAACCAGUGCCUCUCAGAAAGGACAAGUUGAUUUGGACUGUUUCUCCCUCUGGUUCUUUUAGCUUGAAGCACACAAUUUCCCACAUCAUGGAUCAUGAUACUUUAGUUCCAUGGUACAACCUGGUGUGGCACACAGUUUCUAUCCCAAGAAUGAAAUUUAACAUGUGGCUAGCAAUUCAAAGCAGACUCCCCACACUUGACUCUCGAGCUAUGGUUCACCAUGGUAAUACCUGUGUCCUUUGUGGAAUUGAAAAUGAAUCACAUUCCCAUCUCUUCUUCAGAUGUGACUUCUCAGCCCCUCUUUGGAAGUUUAUCCAAGCUAGAUGCAGAUUCUACAAUUAUUUUCUCACAUGGGAAGACCUGAUUCUAUGGAUUAGUAGCCAAUGGAAGUCAAAUUCUUCGAUAAGCAUCCUCAGGAAAAUCCCCCUGUCAGCCCUAGUAUAUCACACAUGGAAGGAAAGGAACAACCGUAUCUUCAGAGGGAAUCCAUCAACUCAGAACAGGGUUCUAACAAAGACCUCCUCCUUGUCCACCAGACUAAGAGGUGGAGGGUCUCUCCUCCAUUGCCGCAGGCUUCGCUUACCGGAAUUGGUUUCAGUUCUCCAAGUAUCGAUUUCAUUGCUACUUGUAGAUCUUUUUGUUCUUGGGCUGGGCCUCUGCUCUAGGUUGCUCUGGUUGAGGGCUGGGUUGCCUUUGGGCUUGUAUUUCUUGUGA